GUCGGGAACAUUGCUGUCAAUCGCCUUGCUGGUGUUUUUCCCGCACAAUCAUGCGGCAUUUUACAUCGGGGCCAGUUGCUUCGGCCUGUUUUUGAGCAGCUCUUUUCCGACAAUAACUUCCCUAGCUGGGACUUACAUAAAUAUGAAUCCUGCAAUAACAACACAGCUGGUCAUCAGUGCAGUGAUUGGGGAGACAACUUUGCCAGUGGUUUUGGGUCAUUUCUUUGAGCAUCUGGGGCCUGAGUCAUUCCUAGUGACAGUUCUGCUCCUGUGCCUCACCAACUUUGUUGUUUUCUUGGCCCUUUACAGGAGUGGUACUUCCAUUGUGCCUCCAACAGGUCAACCAGGGCCAAUGGAGUUCCUGUUUGGAGCCCUGUUUCCAGGAAGAAAAGAGGAAGGGUCUGUUCUCAUGAAUGCUACAGAGAACAUACAAGUGUAUUCAAAAAUGGGCGGUGGUUCUUCUGAAAACAGCAUACAUGAGGCUCAUUAUGGUACUUAUGAGUCCUCGUAUGGUGGCCAACAUUGAGCAAGCCAAUCGUAUGUUGGAGGGAAGUUCUUGGGUGAUCCUUUAGCUUAGAAAUUGCUGACUCAACUUUGUGUCUCUUUAGAAUUUCAAUUUUAUCUAUCUAAUUCGCCGAACUCAUCUAUUUUAGUUUGGCAGAUGAAAAGUGAGCUUGUAAAGCAAAAAGUAGAACAAAUUUGUUCCAUAUUCAUUUGCUUCAUAGGAUUUACCCCACAAUUGAGAGCAAGGGAUCCAGACUGUAAAAAAGGAUUCUCAAUUUAAGCAUUACCAAUUUUUUUUGAAAAAAAUUCGAAGGAACAAUGCUAGUGGGUAAUAUUCCUAUAUAAAGUUGAGCCAUAGAAAAUAUGCUCUACGCAAUUUUGAUUGCGUUUUCAGAUUGUGGACAUGCGUAUAUUGUAAUGUACAGUACAGUAUAUCUGCGAAGUGAGAAAGCACGUAGCAAUAACCUUGUAAGAGGUGCACACAGGAACUUCCCUCUGGCCAAAAUUAUCAAAGUUCAUUUUUUUUAUUCGCACAAGAACUUGCAUGAGCACUUUUGUUGAGCAAUACUGGGCUUUACCUGUUUUUUGUGGAACUUGCAAAGUGAGAGGCAAAUGUUUGCCAAAAAAUGAUCAUAGUGAGAAAGGACGGUUUGAAUCGUAUAGAAUAUGAUUGUGAUUCCCUUUUCAUUGAAAUAAACCGGAAAGUGAGAAUUGCAGUGAAAAUCGUUGAGAAAUUGUUCUGCAUUUUAUAUCCAGCUGUCAUGUUUCAUGUGUUGCGCUGUUGAACAGUUCACCUCUGUGCAAAAGAAAAAAAGAUUUACUGACGUCAGCUGGUUACAAUAAAAUUGAAACAAUCGCUUUUGACUACACA